AAUUACCUGUGCGUCGCUAUCAGCCAUACAGCACGUAAGUGAUCUUUACAAAGGACUCGAGGACAGCUCAACAGGUGCUUGCUGGGAUAAUCUCAUUACACAGACCGCCGAAAUACGACUUGAUUGAGUCACUCUCGGCUGGAAGCAGAACAUACUGAGGUCCUCGUACAGAACGCUCGACUCCCGCGAUCUCCUGCUGAACGCUGUACCCCGGGAACACACUGAGGGCACAAGAGACGAGAUCGCUGCCGGUAAUAUCACCUCGGGUCAUCUCACCUCGGAGCCUGAACACCGGGUGACUGUGGGCGAAUUCCCCGAAAUCUCAUUGAGGGAUCAUCUGAUCAUCCAAUAAUACGUCGCUGGGAGAGGUUUUAUGAGGGCUUUCCUUCUCUGCCAUAUACACACACGUGUUGGUGUUUUAUGUCGUGAAGUUAAUCUUAGAUGUAAUGUUAUAUAAAUCUUUUACAGAUCGUACAGCGCACGGGCUUCGGAUGUAUUUAGAUGGAGUCUCACUCCGCCAGUUUUAACCUACUCACUGUUAAACGGGAUUAAGAAUUAUCAGCAGAUAGAAAAGGAAAGAGGGUUUUGACGACGCCAGUGAACGCGGAAGGCAACUUACACUCCGGUCGUGUGACACCGUCGUCUCACAGUGACAAGAGAAAUUGGAACUGGAUAUACGGAUUUUAGGACGACAUCAAACUUAAAAGAAUUUAGUGAUUCUCAGACGUUUGAAGUGCGGUUAUAUAAGUCAGCAAGGGAGGGCAGGAACGGCGGCUGAUGACGCUCAUAGCUAGAGAUCGUAUCUUCUUCUCCGCUUAGUAAACGCCGUGCUCUACCCUUUAAUCUGGCCAGUUUAGCGCCUACUCAUCACUCUCACGCCACAGGCCGGAUUUGACCACUAGUGGACACAGGACUGGACACUGCUGACCAUGUGGUGGACGAUAGGACUGCUGGUGGCACUGACUCUCUGCCUUCAAUACUCGGCGGGGAUAAAAUGGCUCGGCCUGGUCAAACUGAAUGCCACGGCGUGGAAUAACACGAAACUAUGCUCGCAAAUGAAAUCUCGUGGUAUGACGUCACAACAGGUAGCGCUAUGUCGUAACAACUUGGAGCUGAUGCCACUGUUAGUCAGUGCAGCGACUCAGGCAGUGUACUCGUGUAAGGACCGGUUUAAGGAGAGACGCUGGAACUGCUCCUCAGUUCUACUGGCACCCCGGUUUAACAAAGAUCUGACCUCAGGUACCAGAGAGCAGGCGUAUGUGCACGCGCUGUCGUCUGCUGCAGUGGCCCACGUGGUAUCUCGGUCAUGCGCCACAGGUGCUCUGAGCCAGUGUAACUGCGGGGCUCUUCCCACGACCCCAGCGCCACCCACUUUNGGGGGGGGGGGGGGGGGUACCAGAGAGCAGGCGUAUGUGCACGCGCUGUCGUCUGCUGCAGUGGCCCACGUGGUAUCUCGGUCAUGCGCCACAGGUGCUCUGAGCCAGUGUAACUGCGGGGCUCUUCCCACGACCCCAGCGCCACCCACUUUCAAAUGGGGCGGGUGUAGUGACAAUGUCCGGUACGGUAUAGGCUUUUCUGAGACGUUCUCCGAUGCUCCUUGGCUGACAGCAAGGAGGCGAGCAAGGAAUUCAAAGAAGGCAACUAUGAACAGGCAUAAUAAUGCCUCUGGAAGAAAGGUUGUACUGGACAGUUUAAGUACAACGUGUAAGUGCCACGGGGUAUCUGGCUCCUGUUCGGUGAAGACAUGCUGGCGUGCGCUACCCAAGUUCAAAAGUAUUGCAGAGAUGUUGAUGACAAAAUAUGGCGUCGCAGUGGAGGUGAAAAACGAACGCGUUGGGAAAAAACGGCAUCUGGUGCCCACAAAUCGGUACAGACGCUCAAUCCGGCAGGACGACCUCAUCUACUACACCACGUCACCGGAUUACUGUAACCCGGAUAAAUCUACAGGAUCUGUCGGGACCAAGGGCAGACGCUGUAUAAAGGGAAGUCCCACAAGUGCCGGGUGUGACUCCAUGUGCUGCGGCCGCGGGUUCAAGUCGGUGUCCAAGAUGGUGGAGGAGAGAUGUAACUGUAAAUAUAUCUGGUGCUGCUACGUCGACUGUGACAGGUGCAUCAAGAAAGUGACGGAGCACACGUGUUGGUAGUGUUCGGGUCAAGGUCAGAUGAAAAUGAUACCGAGGCUAAGGUCAAGUCUGGUCAAGGUCAAGGCCAAAUGACCUGGCACUGUGCUUACUGAGCAGUAUAGUUUUUUGUGUACUCUGAUUAUGUGUACAGACGUAUGACUGUGAUAUGUGGAAAACUGGAACCGCUGUUGUCAGAAUUUCAGAGACGAUACUCAGCUGCCGCCAAGUAGACAGGCUGAUACUACUCCACGGCCAAUACUACACGUAGAAAUCCAGACAAAGACACUGCAAAAGCAUUUUCACUUUAAUGCAUCUUAUUUAAUUCCGCCUGCCAAACCUGACAGGUCAAAAGUGAAAACAUUGAUUUUGGCAAUUUUACCGGUGCUUUCAAACAGUUGUCUGAAUUCAGUAUGCUACACGUAUACCCGUGUUCUUAGUGUGGGAAACAGGAGGACGAAAAGUGACGUCAUGUGCUAAAAGUCGUGUUGCAGAUACAUGUAAACUAUUCACUGUUUGUUGUUCUCGUUCUUAAUCGUUGAUGUGCACUACAUGCAGAUAGAACUGAGGAGUCGCUUUUUUAGCAUUACAUGACGUCAGGACCAUGUGACGUCACCAAUGGCGGAUUGCUGGGGAAGUUUUACAGUUACUCUGUAGCUAGAACACGAACAAUUUGUACGUUUAAAGAUUUUAUGUACCUCAGUUGAACCUCUGUAUUCGCCUAAGUUGCGCGACUUUGUGAACGCAAUGAUGUAUUCUAUGCAAUGUAAACUAUACAGCUAUAGAAGACGGCAAUGUGCUGAAAUGUGAAGAUGCCUUGUUAUCACGUGAACUAAAAACCACUAUGCAUCAGUAGUGAUAACUUAUAUGUCAAUUUUAAUGGAACUUAAAUUAUAUGAGAGAAGAGUUUCAUUAGCUCUGUAUGUAUCAAUUUAAAUUAUUGUUUUUU